UCGCCUAAUUUUUACAUUAAAAUCAGUCAAACAGAAAUUGUUCCAUUAAAUGUGCUUGUGCGUCUGUGUUUCCUCAACAUGUGGCCAUUUUGGGGUUUAAGUUUUUAUUUACUCACUGUUUCAAAUGCAGACGUUUCCCCUUACUUCUUUUGUGCAGACAUGAACCCUCAGCAACAUGUUAGCAUAGAACAGUUAAUGGGGAUGUGGUACGGAAUCGAAAUAAUAAAUCACCAAGUGGAAGACCACUACGUACGCAUUGGUAAAUCCUGCCCUGUCCUACAUUUAACCCUCAGCAAAGACUAUCCUACUACAACUUACAACCCCUUGUACAAAAAUUACAACUACGGUUACAAUUACGGCGAAAGACGUCCCCCCCAUCCUAGACCCACUGACAGAAACCCGAAUUAUGACCAAUACGAACGCGCCACGCAGGGCCCUUACUAUAGGAAUUACAACGAAAGGCGUUAUGGUUCGAAAUUUUACAACCCAAGAGACUACCCUUACGAAAUGCGACGGUUGAGGAUCUGGUGGGACGAAAACGGAAGUGAGACGGAAUACCAACUGAAAUAUAACACGAGCAAACCGGGAUUUUGGAUCAGUGCUGGUCCUCAAAAUGGAUCGGAGUUGGAGCCGCUUUACAGCAGUUUCGCAGGGACUGUGCAAGUCAUAAAAGCGGUGGGAAGCCACUUAGUGUUGACUUUCUGUCACCAGUUGCCUGAUAGACAAUUGUUUACAAUUCUUCUAAGCCGUGAGAGGAAGUUGAGUUCAGCUGAUAUCCACGGAGUUCACAGUUUGUUAAACAGGAAGGGUUUAAAUACACGUGCUAUUAAAAAAGUGUGCUGGAAUGGCAGUAACACUAUUCAGAAUUCAUUAUUUAUGAUUAUUUUAUUACUCUUCGGUGUGUUUGUGUGCCAAUAUUAGUUUUUUACACGUAUUGUAGUACCUAAAAUAAGUAAUUAUCUCAGCUUCCAUAUACAGUACCUCAUUUACAUCCACAUUGAAUGUGACUAAUAAUAAUUAGACUUUGUUGUUUAUUGUUUUAAAUUGCCUCCUCCUACACAGUUGUUACUUAUUUCUUCACGUAUUCAUAUGUACAAAUGUAAAAUAAUUAGAAUUAAUUGUACCUUCCUGUUGACGCAUUGUUAUUUAUUUUACGUAUUUGUGUCCCGUUAUUACUGUAUUACCUUAUAUUUAAUAUAAAAUAAAUUGUUAGUAACAUUA